AUGGUAUCCCUGCUGCUAAGUCAAUCAUCAAGGGAAUCUUCCUUUGAUGAAAGUGAUGCAUCGAUGGGUAGUCGCUUAACCCCUCAGAAAAAUCAAACUACUUCUCCUAAACUUGACUUAAGAACGGAAAGACUAUAUGUGAUUAAAGAAUUAGAUACCAAUGAUGAGAAAUUAAUACAGAUUAACAAAAUGUUGAAUAGAUCGAGAAAAAUUACUGUUUUGACGGGAGCUGGAAUAUCAUGUAAUGCGGGCAUACCUGAUUUUAGAUCAUCGUCAGGACUUUAUGAAAUGGUUAAAAAGCAAUUCCCAGAGAUUUCAAUGAGAUCAGGCCAGGAAAUGUUUGACAUUUCACUAUUUAGAGAUGAAUUGAAAAUUUCCAUGUUUGCUACGUUUAUGGAAAAGUUGUACUCUAGCGUUAAAUUGGCACAACCUACCAAAACUCAUAGAUUCAUUGCUCAUUUGAAAAAUAGAAAUAAACUUCUGAGAUGUUAUACCCAAAAUAUCGAUGGAUUAGAGGAAAAUUUAGGAUUGGAGAUGUCGACUAACGAACAGGAUCCAGGUGUAAUUGGCACAAGUUUUAAUGCACGUUGGAAGAAUUACGAUGUGGUACAACUACAUGGUGAUUUAAAAACGUUGGCAUGUACGAGAUGUUUCCACGUCUUCCCAUGGAAUAGAUACUGGUGCCGGUCAUUUAGAAGAGGUGAAUUACCUACUUGUCCACAGUGUGAAGAGAAAAAUUUUAAACGUUGUCAAGAAGGUAAAAGACAGAUUGAUAAUACUGGUUGUCUAAGGCCCAAUAUUGUUUUAUAUGGGGAAAACCAUCCGUCAUCAGACUCAAUAGCUCAAGGCUUAAAUUUAGACAUUUCAAGAGGUCGCUCAGAUUUUUUCAUUAUUCUGGGAACAAGCUUGAAAGUAGAUGGGAUAAGGAAGGUCGUUAGACAAAUAGCUAAACAAGUGCAUGAACGUGGUGGAAUUGUCCUUCUGAUAAAUAAGACAAGUAUUGGAGAUUCUUCGUGGCAUGGUCUCAUAGACUAUCAAAUUUUAACGGAUUGUGACAGUUGGGUCGCCCAUUUGCAAGAACAAUUACCGGAUUUUUUCAAGACCCAGGAAACUAUAGAUAGACAGAAGAUGUUGAAGCGAGAAUCAAGCGAUUUGCGGAAGAAGAAGGCUGCUGAACAAUUGGCUAAAAACCACAUUAAAACACCUCCUGCUACGCCGAGCAGGGUGAAGUCAGAACAAGAAGAAACUUCAAAGAAUAGUAUUCAAAAUGUUAAAAAGAGAUUACUGAACGUCAACGAUGAAAUACCGUCUAAAAAAUCUAGAACAAACCAAGCUCCAAUAGAGUCUCCAUCCACGUAUGCCAAUCCCUGA